UUCCUUGUUGUUGCUAAGACACUCUUGUUUCGCUCCUUGACAACCCUGGCGGGGGUGCGCUAGCUGCGGCCCCGGCUCCGGCCCCCGCGGGAGCAGGCCACUCCAGGCCAGCACUUGUGAGCCCCGAGGAGGAAUUGGAUCGAAUUGAAAUACUUAGGUGGAAGAGGCCCCAGCAGCUGCUGAGGACCCAGUGUUCAGCAUUUUCAGCUGAAAAUCUCGGGAGCACCCCUUGAGGAAAGACAUUUUCUGCUACCACCCAGUUGGCAGGGCCUGCUUCCGAAAUCUCCCGGGGGUGUCUUCACUGCCAGUGCCCGCGCCUCCUGAAAGCCCCACUCUCUCCCUCCAGUGGUCACAGUGGAAGGAUCAUGGGAGAAACAGAAGGGAAGAAAGAGGAGGCUGAUUAUAAGCGACUGCAGACCUUCCCUCUGGUCAGGCACUCGGACAUGCCAGAGGAGAUGCGAGUGGAGACCAUGGAGCUAUGUGUCACGGCCUGUGAGAAAUUCUCCAACAACAACGAGAGCGCAGCCAAGAUGAUCAAGGAGACAAUGGAUAAGAAGUUCGGCUCCUCCUGGCACGUGGUCAUCGGCGAGGGUUUUGGGUUUGAGAUCACACAUGAGGUGAAGAACCUCCUCUACCUGUACUUCGGGGGGACCCUGGCUGUGUGUGUCUGGAAGUGCUCCUGACGCCGUCCGCACCCCGGCCCCCGGCCCUGCAGGGCCACCUCCUGCCACCCCUCGGGGAUGGGGAGCAGCCCCAGGCAGGUCCUGGUGUGUCGGAGGAGAGUCUGGGGUCUUUCCUACGAGUCUCUGAGCCACGGCCAGUGUGUGAGCGAGUGGACCUGUCUUCCCCCAGGCCCCCAGCGUGUGAAAGGGAGAGCAGGCUGUGGUCUCGAUGCAGGGGAGGGGUGGGAAAUGUGACAGGGUAGGAGGGCGGGGAGGUGGGAGUCUUCUCCCCAGGACAUGCCAGCCCCAAGCCUGCUGUCCCCUUGCCUCCCGGGAGCCCCCUGCCCGACCACCCCCAGCACUGCUGGCGGGGGUGCACUCUCCUGGUCU